GAAGAGCCAGCCUUGGAGUGGGGUAUUGCCAAGUGUCCAGAAGAUGUCAACGACCUGCGUGGCUGCCCAGAGACCUGGAGGAUGACCUGCACCCACUAGCAUGCCUGGAUGGUUCAAAAAGACGUGCUAUGGGCUGGCAUCCUUAUUCAGCUUCUCCUCCUUCCUCCUGAUCAUCACCGCCCUGGCCGUGCCCCACUGGCUGAGUGGGAAAAUCCUGUGUCAGACUGGAGUGGAUCUUGUCAACGCUACGGAUCCAGAGCUGGUCAAAUUCAUUGGGGACAUUUACUACGGGCUCUUCCAAGGGUGCAAGGUGCGGCAAUGUGGGCUGGGGGGCCGCCAGUCCCAAUUCACAAUCUUCCCACACCUGGUAAAGGAGCUCAAUGCAGGCCUCCAUGUGACAAUUCUUCUGCUCCUCUUCCUGGCCUUAGCCCUGGCUCUGGUUAGCAUGGGUUUUGCCAUUCUCAACAUGAUCCAGGUCCCCUACCGAGCAAUCAAUGGCCCAGGGGGCAUCUGCCUAUGGAAUGUCUUGGCAGGUGGAGUCAUGGCAUUAGCCAUUACCGGCUUCAUGGCCUCAGUGAAAUUUCAUGACCUGACGGAACGAAUCGCCAACUUCCAGGAGAAGCUCUUUCAGUUUGUGGUGGUGGAAGAGCAGUACGAAGAGUCAUUUUGGAUCUGUGUGGCCAGCGCUUCAGCCCAUGCAGCAAACUUGGUUGUGGUGGCAAUCAGUCAAAUUCACCUCCCUGAGAUUAAGACCAAAAUGGAAGAGGUCACAGUCACUGCUGAGGAUAUCUUGUACUGAUAGCCCCCUCCCAUCCACACCC